AAAUUGGAGAUGGAAAAAACACUCACAAAAGUCAGUUGGACCUGGGGAGUGGAUUCUUGACUUGACUUAACUACAUUGCAUUGAAAAAGACAUUUCUCUGCAGGAAAACUAAACAAGAACUGCACCAUGGUGAAAGGGAAGAAGGCCGAGCCAAAGGGGAAGAAGAUCACCCUGAAGGUGGCCAGGAAUGCGAUGAGGAUGACAGUGGAUGGCAAGCGUCGGUUGGACCUCAGCAACAUGCAAAUCGCAACCUUCCCAAAAUGCAUCCUGAAGCUGGCCGACGUCGAGGAGCUGGACCUGAGCCGUAACCUCCUGCAGAAGAUCCCGGACACCAUCAGCCGGUUCGUCAACCUGCGCUGGCUGGACCUCCACAGCAACCAGCUGGACCAGGUUCCCGAGUCCAUAGGGAAGCUCCAGAACCUGGCCUAUCUCAACCUCUGCAAUAACCGGCUGGGCCCGGGCAGCCUGCCCAUGGAGCUGGGCCUCCUGAAGGGCCUACGGAAGCUCAACCUGGGCCUCAACCGCAUCGAGAGCCUGCCGGCCUCCAUCGCCGCCCUGAGGGAACUGAGAGAGCUGGGGCUCUUCAACAACAUGCUCACCAGCAUCCCCGUCUACCUUAGCACCAUGCCCAAGCUCGGGAGGGUCAACGUUAACUGCAACCCCAUCCGCCCGACCGACAUGAAGGACCUGGACCCCAUAAAGAGGGUAAGGUCCCUGCACCUGGUGCAGGAGGACUGCCUCUGCGGCGGCUGUCUGGAGAAGUGCACAGAGAGGAGCCUCUGGUUGGAGAAGAGGCAGAGCGAGUCCGGCACAGAGAGGAAGCCCCACUUCUCAUCAGGCCUGCUCACCCCAAACUCUGUGGCUAUGCAAGACCAAGCACUGCAGAGGUGAGAAGGUACCAAUGACGUCAACUUAUUCAAGGCCAGAAGUGUCAGUACGAAAGGAAAUGUAUCACUAGUUUGUCUGUAUAUCAAAAGAUGCACUUCAACCAAGAAUUAAAUGAAAGUAUGUUUUCACUUACCCAGAGUACUAUCCAACUAUCCAGAUAUAAUGGACCUCUAUGGCUUUCAUCUUUCAUGCUCAUCGAUGUCCUGACAACUUGCAUUAGAGAAACUGAAGAAGAACGUCUCUUUCCAAAUAUACCGUCACUGGCGGACAUGAACAGAUCUAAAAAAAAAUGCACAUUUAAUUGAGAACUAGUUAACUGUCCGCGCAAGAACUCGCAGUAUUCUGGGUGAAGUGCUUGGGCAAAGUGCCCCAUUGUUUUGAUCAGUAACUUGCGAAACUGUAUCUUCAGCAGAAAGUUGCAUGUGCUUGUGCUUGUGUGUGUGUGUGUGUGUGUCUCUGCUUUAUUACAAUACAAAUGUGUGGUAAAUUAACCAGAGAAAAAAAGAAAAUGAAAUGUUCAGCAAAUGAGUUAAGUUAUGGAAAAUAACUUUGAAGUUAUGCAAAGGAAAAGACAUAUCUGCUUUGCGCUUAAACUGUCACUAUGACCAAAAAUGGAACCAAAGUCGGGAGUGAUCCUCAUGAACACUAAGAAGGACUAGAAAAGGUUUAAGUGUGCAACUGCUGAGACCAAUCAUCAAAUUACACAUUCAGCACUUGGAAAUCAUUACCACAUCCUAUUAACCUCCAGUAAUGAAUGGUGUUGUAGCAUGCUUUCCUCAUGUCACUGUAACUCGUUGACUAAAAUCUGCUUAGUUUUGUUAAUUUGUGUGUAUGCAACUGUUUAAUUACAGCAAUUCACUUCAAUAUAAUUGAAAGGCCUCUACACUGUAUUCAAUGCUUAUUCAUUGUAUUAAAUAUGCUUGAUUCAA